AUGCAGCAUACAAUUUCAUCGCCUCUAGCUACGCAGAUACCACAAGCUGCUGGAGCUGCGUAUGCCCUUAAAAUGCAACACAUCAAUGAUCCAACUGUACCUCCCCGCGUAGCUACUGUCUACUUUGGUGAAGGUGCUGCUAGUGAAGGAGACUUCCAUGCGGCAUUGAAUAUCGCUGCAACACGGUCCUGUCCCGUUAUCUUUAUAUGUCGGAAUAAUGGCUACUCUAUCUCAACGCCGACCUUAGAACAAUACCGAGGCGAUGGCAUUGCUAGUCGAGGGAUAGGGUAUGGAAUUGACACUGUGAGAGUGGAUGGGAACGACCUGUGGGCUGUUAGAGAGGUUAUUAAGAAAGCUAGGGAGAUGGCUCUUCAAGAUGGAGGCAAGCCGGUUCUUGUAGAGGCAAUGAGCUAUCGCGUUAGCCACCACAGCACAUCCGAUGAUUCUUUUGCAUAUCGAGCCCGAGUCGAAGUUGAAGACUGGAAACGCCGGGACAACCCUGUUGCGAGGCUACGGAAGUAUAUGGAGGCAAAGGGAUUCUGGGACGAGUCUAAAGAGAAAGAAGCUCGGGAGAGCAUCAGGCGGGAGGUGCUAAAGGCAUUCUCAGAUGCAGAACGAGAGAAGAAGCCACCUAUCCGGACUAUGUUUGAAGAUGUCUACGAAGAGCUAACCCCUGAUCUAAAAGCCCAAAUGGAGCAGCUGAAGCUACAUCUUGAGAAGUACCCUGAUGAGUACGACGUCGCCGAGUAUGAAGAUGGCAUUAACAGCUUAAAAUCAUGA